ACUCGCUCCUCUGUCUGUGAUCUGGUCUGAGGUGGAGGGGGCUCAGAGGAGGAGAGAGCAGAGCAUUGGAGAAACCAGCUGAUCAGAGCUGAGGUAUUCUGCCACGGAGGGGAGAGUCAGCCCGACUGGAAAAAGCAGAAGGGAGGACGGAGAAAACUGCUCCACUCACCAAGGAACAGAGUGUUCAGUAAGAAGGAGAUGCCUCCUUCCUCCCCUGUGAAGCUGAGAGCUGAUGGAAGGAGGUGAGGUGCUGGCAGGGUGGAAAUCUGAGCUAGAGUCUCGCAGGAAAGCGCCAGUCCUCGGCUUCUGGUGAGUCAACAGAAGGUUGAAGAUCUCAAGGAGCGAUGUCUUGGCUGUCACCAGUGUCAUGGGCCAAAUGGACGUGGACGGCGGUGCGAGGAGCAGAAGGAGAGGAGGAUGAAGAGGAGCAGGAGGCCAGCGAGGAAAGGGAGCAAUAUGGAAAGAGAGAAGAGGAAGAUAGAUCUCAAAGCUGCAGUUCGGACUCAGAGGGUCAUUUUGACACUCCCGAGGCAGUAACUCCCGUCCGCGCCCCUCCGACUGUCCCCGGAGAGCUGGAGAAUAACAACACCGAUGCAGACAAAACAGUGUUGGAGCUGGAGGAGAACCUGAUUGUGACCGUGCCUGUCAGGGAUCCGGAUAUUUCCCUGAGCAGCACCAUGGGUCAGGAUGAACCUGUAGACCCCACGGAUAAUCCAAUUGAAAUUAAAGUUCAGAAUCUGGUUGAAGACCAGACAGAGGAGGCUCAAGAAGAUUUGGACGUUUUGCCCGUUUCUGAUUUGUCCUUACGGAAGGAGGUGGCUCAGUGCACAGGUUCCCUCUCUGAGCCGUCCGUAGACACAAACCACAUCCAUACUGCAGAUCCAAGCACAGAGCUGGCUCCAGCUCCAGGUCCAGUCUCUGUUCCAGAGCCAAGUGUAAUACCAAGCAGUGAACCAGCCACCUCAUCUGCCUCAGAGCUCCCAGAGGAGAAGCGUUUGGUUGAUCCAGAGGAACAGCAGGGUGCCCUCCCCAGCCUUGACAGUCCUACACUAAAGACUAAAACUAUUAAGGCCAAGCCUUCAUCUCUGAAAAUUAAAGACAAAGUGAACCAUCUUCCUCAAACGGAUGAGGAGCAAGAGCUUCCUGUUCUCAAGGCUACUUACAACUUUGACCCUGACCAGCUGAACGAUAGCUUUAACCCCUUCACCUGCGGUGGAUCCAAAAUACAGAACUCUCCCCCACCAUGUGGUCUGAGCUCCCUCCCCAGGCUUGAGCCAAUUGGCAGCUCAUUACCCGCCUCUGAGGAUGACUCAACAGCACAAGCAGAUUCUGAAUCAGUAGAGUCAACUUCAGAGUCAAAGCCUGUGGUGCUGGAGUUUGGUCUGGAGGACGGCGUUGUCAAAAAGCCACCUCCUAAGAAGUUAGGAGGGAAAAGGACGAGCAGCAAACUUGUGGCAAAGAAGCAGAAGGCAAAAGAAUCAGAGACUUCCUUCAAACCUGAACCAGAACCACCAUCAGAACCACACCCUGAGCCAAAUUUCCCUCCCCAGUCUGCAUCAGAUCCUGUUUCAGAACCAGUACCAACAGACUCCUCUGCUCCUCUGAACCUGGAUGAUGUACCCAUCCCUAAAGCUGGAACGUACAACUUUGAACCCAGCAGGUGGGAUGAUCCAAACUUCAAUCCAUUUGGCAGCAACAACACGAUGAGCAGCUCUCCUGUGCUCCCUAAGGGCUCGUACAGCUUCGACCCAGAACAUUUUGAUGACUCCGUAGACCCUUUUAAAUCAUCAAAGUCCCUGAGCAACGAGGACUCAUCCUGCAGCGUAUCUCAACCUGAGACUAAAUUAAAAAAUGAAGGCAAACCGAAAGCAAGACAGACCCCCGGAGAGAAGAAAACAAAGCAGAUGCUGAAAAAAAACAAAGAGAAGACAACCACGAACUCCUGUAAAGUACAGAAAUAUGAUGAAAGCGAGUCCUUGGUGCUUGAUGUGUGCAAUCAGGGCGAGGAUGAAGUGGUGGCCCAGACCCCGGAGAUCACUCAGCGAGUUCAUCACGCCACUGACGAGGAGAAGCUGGCCUCCACUGGCAUGAAUGGUCAGACAACAGACAGCCAGGAGGGGAGAGAGGAGCUCAAAUGUGAGAUGAAACCAGUGAAAAAACAACCAUCCAAUGAAAUACCUGUUGUAGACAGUCCUGAGAUCAUUGCAGAUCACCUGGAGGAGAAGGAAACCUUGAAAGCUGAGACACGGGAGAGUUUUGUGCACCAAGCAGUGAAACUGAGCAGCUGUGAGACUCCUGAGUCAGCAGCUUUGUCUCAGGAGGACGUUCCUCUGAGUGAGAUGGACAAGGCCGCAGUGCUCACCUUGAUCAGAGAGGAGAUUAUCGCUAAAGAGAUUGAGGUUAAUGAGUGGAAGAGAAAAUUUGAGGAGAGCAGAGUGGAGGUUAUGGAAAUGAGGAAGAUUGUUGCAGAAUAUGAGAAAACAGUGGCACAGAUGAUUGAGGAUACGCAGCAGCAGAAGAGUCUUUCCUGCAGUAAGUCUGUCAUGCAGCUGACUCUAGAGAGGGAUCAGGCCGUAGCUGAUCUCAACUCAGUGGAGCGCUCCUUCGCUGAUCUCUUCAGGAGGUAUGAGAACAUGAAGGGAGUCUUGGAGGGCUUCAAGAAGAAUGAGGAGGUGCUGAAGAAGUGUGCCCAGGACUACUUGAUGCGCAUCAAGCAGGAGGAGCAACGAUAUCAAACGCUAAAAAUUCACGCUGAGGAGAAACUGGACAAAGCUAAUGAGGAGAUAGCUCAGGUUCGUGCCAAGGCCAACGCUGAGAGUGUCGCUCUGAAUGCAAGCCUGAGGAAGGAGCAAAUGAAGGUGGAGUCGUUGGAAAGAGCUGUUCUUCAGAAGAAUCAAGAAAUCGAAGAGCUCACUAAGAUCUGCGACGAACUGAUCGCCAAACUGGGACCAGAAUAAAUCAACUUCGUGGCACUUUGAUGGUUCCUUCAGCUCGAGUCAUGGACUUUUCUUACAGCAAGAAUAUAUAUAAACUCUGUACACGUUGACCAGUUAUAUUUUAAGUUUAUACAUGAUUUUACAGAAACACAUUAUGGUUUCACAUCCUGUUUUUUUCCUUUUGCUUUUCAAAUUGAAGUUUGCUUCCAGGACAAUAUUUUUUCAUGGGAGUGACAACAUUAAGCUGUUUUCAUGAAGUUAUCAUGAAGCUGUGCAUCACUUUUGAUGGUUUUUAAACGAGAGCAUUUGAACUAAUAGUUUGUUGUUUUCCAUUGACUUUUCAUCUUGUAAUUCAGCAUCUCUGCAGGGAUCAAAGUAAAGACGAUGUAGGUUAGAAGAGAGCACAGAGUUUUCACCACAGCACAUUUACAUUGUAAUCUGUGUGAACACAAUCAAAUAUCUAUUCUGAGUGCCUAAAAUGAUAUAACUUGUUUUCUGGUUAUUCAUAUUUUUCUGCCUUUUAUUUUGUAAUUGGUUCGCAU